CGGCCUCCCAUCCGCAGCGAGCGCAGUCUUUGGCUACAAGCAAGUGGCGCCCGUGAACCAGAAUGACACCAUACUCCUCAUAAAAUUCCUUCUCCCAUGAAAGAUUCGUCUGUUUAUCCACUCCCACGGCGAGAUUACAGGUGCCUUACCCGGAUUCACGGGAACAUGUACUGCCGUAACUUAAUUUUGUCUGCCAUGCAGUCGGUGCGAGCACCGCAAAAGUGAUGCCACAGUCCGUUAAUCGCCUUGUGACUCUUUCUCAAACUCUCAUCUACAGAUGGGUCUUGUCAUCUCCAACCCAUUGCGACACUUCAAGUGGAGACCAAAGCAGAAGGCCCGAUGCCCAGUUCUCCCACAGGAACUAAUCGACUGCGUACUGGACCAGUUAUGCGACGAUCACCAGACUUUGAUCGUGUGUCUACGUGCCGGCCGACCUUUCCUGGCUCGUGCUAGAGUGCAUAUAUUCAGUUCAGUUCACAUCCAGCUGGAACCGCGACGGAAUACGUGGAAACAAUUCCUUCGUCUCUUCUCUUCUUCACCGCAUCUCGCUCCUUUGGUCCAUACUGUUCAUCUGCAACGAAAUCACCAAUGGCCUACAGAACGCCAGUUCAUGUCGGCCACAGUCGUGGUGCGAGUCCUGAAUUCUCUGGUCAAUCUUGAAGAGAUUAAACUGCAGGGAUAUGGUCCGAAGAUAUUCCGAAGGAAAGAGACCAUGGAGGCGUCUCUGUUCACGUAUCUCCUUGCCGACAACCGCAUCAAGAGAGUCUACUUGCAUGACUGCAAGUUUUUCAGGCAGGAAGACUUAUUUGCCUUUCUGCGAGGCUUUCCGGAAAUGAAGGAGUUGUGGAUAAGCAAGGGCUUCAAAUGUCCGGUCUCCACCUCGGCGUUCAGCAACGAUUUACCCGGAGAGUCUGGAACCAUCUAUCUAGAAACCCUUCAGAUUGUUUCUGACUGGAAAAAUCCUCUUGGUGUCCUUGCGCAUCCACAAUCACCUCUUUCAUUGAAGAAGGUGAAAUCAUUGAUAGUUGGAACGGAUUCGUGCAUUCGGUAUGAAGGUGCACUGAACGUAGUGAGGUUAGCGGAUGGGUUCCAAAAGCUGACAUUGCUAGACAUCGGCGUCUAUGAGGCGCUUGUUACUCACGAUGUUCAUCUCAACCCGUUUCCUAUCCAUCAACUCCGCUGCCUCACUUUUGGCCUUAACACAGACAAGUUGGAACUAGCUCCACUUUUGGGAAAAUGGGUCUCGCUGUUCAACAACAUUCAGUCAGAGUGCGCACUUCGAAAAGUGACGAUCGUCAUUUUUGGCUUCUAUAUGCAGCAAUGGCCAUUCCAUUUUGUGUGCGACAGGGUGCAAUGGACAAGGCUGGACAUCUCUAUGUCACGAUGGAGUUCGUUACGAAAGGUAAACGUGAAUGUCAAGGUCCACAGGCCCAAAGAAGUCAAAAAGUUCAUCGAGGCAACCUGUUGUGGAUUGAUGAAGAAGAAUUUAUUGCAUUUCCUUGAUUCCGAUAACAGCAUCUCCACACGUCUGUAAAGCGCUCGCAUCAUUGGUUCCUCCUGAUUUAUCCUCGUACCGACUCUCGAAGUCUUCCAAAAUGUCUAAGCGACCUUUUAAGUAAGCGGCGGGGAUCUAGGUUUUCACGUCCGGGUCCAAGAAGUGCCUCA